GCUGUUGUUUUGAAUCGGAGCUGCCUGUCCAUGGCGAUUUUAUAGUCUAGUACAUUCUGUGAGUCGAGUAGUACAGCUAGCUUAGCCGAGUAGUAGUCGGUAAAAUGGAUGGGCGGCAAACAGUUUGUUUAGUUCGUUCAGCUCCAAGCCAUAGCCAAAACCAAAGAUCGUUUGGCCAAAACUUCUAAAGUAUCGGGUUAUGGUUUGUAGCCAAAAUGUGACGCAUGCUGAUCAGCAAGAGUGGAGAGUGAGUUGGAGGCCCAUUGUAUUAUUCGAAGUCUGGAUGAAACAUGGAUACCGGAAAUGAAAGGGGUCGUGACCACGUAGUUGACAAAACUCGGGAUGAGGAUCAAAGCAACUUGAUUCCUGGUUCUGAAUCACCUGAUAUCAAUCUGGAUGUUACACUCAAUGUCCUGCCAGAACUGUGUGAGUUUGCUCCUCUGGAUUUCCUCCUGCAACAGUUACCGCGUAAAGCACAGCGUGCCUCACGUGCCCUCCCUGCUAUCACUGUGGAGUUCACCUGUUUGGAUGUCAACAAGGACUUCAUUGUGUUGGGUGCCAACUUCUCCAUUGUUUUUGUGUAUGAUCGUCAUGAAAACACUUUUGUCAAGUUGAGGUGUGAGGACCGAGGUUGCCGCAUUACCUGUGUCAAGUUGCUGACCAGUAUUGACCAUCAGAUUGCUGUUGGUACAUCCAGUGGUCAAGUAGAGGUGUACCUCCUACCUGCAAAAAGACCUGGCCAGAUCUUCAAAGAGCUAAAAAAAUUUCUGAUUGAUGGCGGACACAGAAGCAGUGUGACAUGUGCUGAAUGGAGUACCAAUGGAAUGAAGUUGUUUACUGCAGAUGCCGCUGGCUGUGUAGUAUAUAGUGAUGUCGAUUUUUAUGAGAAUGAGUGCCACUCAGAACAUAUACACAAAGAAGACAUGCCAGUUGUACAGCUGAACUAUGCUCACAAGAUCCUGAUAAUAUCAACAUUCAGCAGAACUGUUCUGUGUCACACAGAUGAAAACUACAGACUUCAACAAGUUGGUCAACAGCCAAGAAAAAACAAAGGGUACUUUGGUGGCCACUUUGUCCCUGGCUUAUGUAAGGCUAGUGAUGCAACUCUCUACGCUACACGUCCAGGAUUGCGCAUGUGGCAUGCCACAGUGGAUGGCACUGUCCAGAAAACUCUCAAGUUUAAGCACCUCUUGGCUUCCCAGCACCAGACCAUUAUGCUUCAGUCAUCCACUCGAUCGGUGGUUCGCAACACCACUGACCUCCAGUUUGGUCCAGUGUUGUUUUUCAAUGAGUCCUAUGUGCUGACAUGGUCACACAAUCUGCUGGUGGUGCUAGACAUCCAUGGGCCCAAUGGGGCCAGAGUUGUUGCAAGUAGUCAGGGAGACCUAGGUAGCAUCAUUUCUGUGGCAACUUCUGGAGAUGAGAUUUAUGUUCUCAGAAGGGAACCAUAUAGACCGCUGGUUAGGAUUGCUACAACACCUGACUUUACCCCACCAAAAGAACUUCCAACACUAUCUGAAGCGGAACAUCUGCUGAAAGUGCCGGGACCAGCAAUGAACUCCAGCAAGAUAGCAGGUUCAGAUAGCCCUAGUGCUCAGAGGAAAACAAGUUUCAAGCAGGGCUUGUCUGCCAUGAGGUCUCUCUUCAGUAAAGCCAAGGAGGAGAUUGCAGACACCACGGCUAAACUCAUGGUCCCUAAGUUUGGGAAACACGAAUCUGAUGAGGGCCAAAGUGCUGGAUCUUCAUGGCAGAGCAGUCAAGACAACACUCCAGUCUCUUCAGGGGAGACUCCAGAUGCAAGUCUUUCCCCAGAGCUCUUGGCAGCUCAGUUUGCUGCAAAAACAAAUAUUAGCAGAGAACAUUCAUCCCAUGAAAUGGCUCAAGUACAGACUGAACCCUGUGAGACUGCCCAGGCUACUGACCAGUCUCCAGAACAGAUAAGAGAUGAACCACCUGCAGUGACACUCAGUGAAAAGAAACUCUUACAGAUUGGUCAGGAAAGCUAUGAUGAAGUCCUCUUUCAACCAGUUAGACAAACCAAAAAGAAGAAGAAGAAAUCUCAUAAAGCAUCAAAGAAAGAAUUGGCUGAUCGCUCUGCAACACCUUCUCCGAUCCCAGACGAACUGAACACUCCACCUAAUGAAAGCUCCAGAUCAGGUCUGGAGACUGACAGAAAUCGAUCAGAUAGCACCAAGAGUGAUGACCAGAGACUGAAGCCUAAUAGCUUCAUGGCUGACAAUCACAGCAACAGGUCUGAUAGCUUCUCUAGUGACAGCAGGAAAGGUCACUCAGACAGUGUCAACAGCACUGGAUCAGAUGGCCAUAUGAAUGACAUUUUGAGCAAUAGCAGUGGAGCAUCAAAGUCUCCAAGCCUGAACACAGAGAGCAACUUAAUUCACCAGGAGAAUCCUCAAGUAUCAGAAAGCAUCCAGAGUGAAAGUGUUAGGCAAAUAGAUGAUGUGGAUAUUGGCCAAGUGGCUCUUGAAUCUCCUGAAAUUGGACAUGCUGAUUGUCACCAGUACCCUCCAGGAAGGGUGAUAUUAGGAGGUGUGAUUUCCAGCAGUGUUGAUAAUGCUGCAACAUGUUUGGGCACUCCAACUGACAGCAGUAUGCCAAACCCUAGUCCAAGAGAUUUUCCAGGAACAUUGAGAUCCUGGGAGGGUACCCCUAAAAUACCUGAAAGAGCCAUACAAAAGGGUGGCAGGUGGACUGAAUGUACGGACAGUAUUCACUCACUGAGGUCUGAUGCUGACAACUUGAAAUUAGACUUUGACUCAACAGUCUCGUCUGAAGUAUUGGACCAGCAUACACGGCUCUUGAACAAGGAACCUUCACCAUCUAGUGGCAGCGCUGUACCACUUCGACUUGACCUCCGUAAAUCAGAUUCCACAGAUGAGGAAUUUUAUGGCAAGUACUUGCCAGAAACACCUAGCAGUGAAGCCAACAGCCCACCAGCAGUGUUUGUAGCCGAGGAGAGUCUAUAUGGAGCUCAUCAGGAGCCAGUGCCGGCAUGUGUAGAUGCAGGAGCUCAUGAUAAUGAUGAAGGAACGGCUGAGGAAACCCCAAUUCCAGAGAACAUUCAGCAGCGAUUUGCUGGUAGCUGGAUGCAGUGCAGCACACCAGGAUACAUCAUGCAGCUUGUGGUAUCUGACAAACAUGUGUGGUGCGUCGACAAUCGUGAUAAGGUCUACCACUCGCUUGUGUCCAAUGUAACAAUUAAAUGGAACAAGUUAAAGGACUCCGCAAUGCAGAUAGCUAGCUCCCCAAACGGCAACAUUGUUUGGCGGCUUCAUCGUAAAUCAGGCACUGCCUUUGCAUGUGCUCCCAUCAGUCCACUCUCACCGAUUGGCACAAAGUGGUACGAGGCCUCCAAAGGAGCCAUUCACAUCUGCCUGGAUGAAAAUAUGGCCUGGGUGGUCAAGACAAAUGGCGAUAUUUAUGUACAUAAAGGCAUAAGCCGUGAUUUACCACUCACAAGAGAAGAGCGUGUAAACAGUAAUGCGUAUGUUGUUCAAAUUGCCGCCAAUCGAGGUGUAGUGUGGGCGAUUGGGUCUAAUAAGAAGGUCAUGUACCGAAGUGACAUCUCACGAACUGUGCCAGAAGGGAAAAAUUGGAUGGACCUGGAUGGUGAUGACUUGAAGCUUCGUUUUGUAAGUGUAGCACUGGACAGUCGAAAUAUCGGUUGGGGUAUCGAUGAUGAUGGUCUAGUGUGGUUCCGGACUGGUGUGACACCUGGUUUUCCAAGAGGUGAUGACAAGAAAUGGUGGCAGGUUCCCAUGGGUGAGUAUCUCAUGCAGGAUCCCAAUGCACUGAAGAUGCUGCUGAAUAUAGCUGGCAAUAAUGCUACUGUGGAUCGUAUGACAACCUGGCUGAAGAGACAGUACUAUCGAGCAACUCACAUAGCAGCAAGCGCUUCAAGUGUCUGGGUCUGUGGUUCAUAUCACUACAAGAGCUCCUUACAUGUAUCCAAGGGAAACUUGCUUGGUUCUCUUUGGGAGAAUGGCUGUCCUGUUGGUCUUCCCUUGUCAGCAGUGUGGGUCAGUGUCAGCUCUACUGGAGUAUAUGGUCCCAGUGGAAUGAUCUGGGCAGCCCUCAAAUCUGGUGAAGUCUUCUGUUUCCCACCGGACACUCGGAAGCCACUGCAGGUGGAUCCACCAAGGGCUGGGGUUAUCUUCAAACAUCUCAGUGCCACCUCAGACACAAUGUGGGCCCUUCAAGAAGAUGGAGACAUCUAUGUCAGGAAGCAAAUUUCUCAGAGAUGUCCACAGGGUCUCAGCUGGAAAAUGCUAGUACUGGACCAACUUGGUCCUUGUAAGAUAGUACACUUCUCUUGUGGUGCUGAAGUUGUCUGGGCAUGUGACAAUGAAGGUAUGAUUUAUCUUCGCAUUGGUGUGGACAUCCCCCAUGAUGAAGCCCUACCUCCUGCCUGGGUUCCUGUGGAUGGCAGAGCAACAGGAUAUGGAGCAUAUUUUGUGCAGGUGUUCUGUAGCAUAGAUAACCGCCUUGUCUGGGCUCUGGACAAUAAGAGGACAGUCUAUGUAAGGCGAGGUAUCUGUGGAGAGCUGCCUGUUGGUCUGGAAUGGGAAGUUGUGGAAGGGACUCAAGCCAUCCACCUGUGCAUUAGCUGCAGUACAGUAUGGGCACUAUGUCCCAAUGGGGACAUUGCUUGCCGCUUUGGUAUUACUGAGAAAAACUGUAUGGGUGACUACUGGAAGAAGGUUCCUGGAAGCUACACCUACCUCUCAGUGACUCAGAGUGAUGACCUGUGGGCUAUCAGUAAUGAAGGCAAAUUGUACCAACGGUUCACCAAGAUGUUCCAGCGCCGUGGGAUUCCACAGGUAGAGCAGCUGAGCUCACCAAUUGGUGAAGAUGACUGGGAGUUGCUGUGAUUGAGCAACUGAAAUGUUUGACAUACUCACUUUUCAAUGAAAAGUUGUCAUAAUCAAUUUUUGUAUCUCAUCUUGUUCUACUUCUCUAAGUUCACUGCACUUUCCGGAAUCAAAAAGCCAGUUCCAGAUUUUAGUAGGAUUUCAUGUGAAGCUAUGAAAAAUUUCUUUCAGGUGUGAUUCAGUGAUUAAAAUGCAUUGAAAAUUGUACAUGGCAGAAAAGAAAUGCAACCCCAGAAAUGCUUUGAUACUAAAAUGAAAGAUCUAAAAGUCAUCAGCAAUAUUAUGUUAACCAAACUGCUGGCUCUGAAUAAAUUCUAUGACAAGGAAAAUAGUGAAUUACUGUCAAAAUAAUGGAGACUUCAGGGGCUGUUGAUGUUACCUUGUGCCCAUUUUGUCUUAUACUCCAACAAAUACACACAUACAUGUAUAUUUAAGUACCGUAGCUGAACACCAGUAGCUAAGAAAUAUAUGAUUGUAGUCACUCUCUCUAUACAACUUGCAUUGUCAUGCUUGUUUGUGUUACCCUGAUUUCUGCAUCAGCUGGAAACAUCACUUGUUGAAAGAUUGCUUUUUGUUGUAAUUACAUGUAUGUUGCAUUUAUAAUGUGUUGCAAGAGACACAAUGUUGAAAAAGUAAUCUAUUUAUCAAAAUGAAUAAUUUUGGAUAUUUUAUUUGAGAAUAUGUUGUGUAUACAAUGAAAUAUUUACUGUUUUAUACCAAGAAACAUUCUAGAUAACCUGUUCUAAUCUUGCUCAUUGUGUUUUUUCCCGUAAACAAAUUUUAUUUGAUGUUACUGGCGUGGACUGAAGCCUUUGUGGGACAAUUAACAUGUACAGUAGUGUCUUUUGCCAUUUGUGCGUAGAGAACUCGUAUAGCAAGCCAUUUAGGGUGCACGAUUCCGUCCCACCAAAAGGAAAUAAGUCUUUAACAAGUUGAGGCCUCAGAAAUAUCCAAACUGCUUUAUUAUCACUGGAAAGUUUAGGAAUAGGGUUGGGCAAGAAAAAAAAUGAUAUGAGACCAUAUACUGAAAUACCUAGGACAUGUAUGACUGAAUGACUGAUUACACGUCUGAGGUAUUGAUGAAUGAUCAUGUAUUGAUUAGAUUGAAUAAAGCUUCUGUUCACUGUAUGCAAUCUGACCAACACGUACAUUCUUUGACACCCUAAACAUGUUAUGUUUAUAUUACAGAGGCCAAUCCAGAAGUUUUUGCUUGGGAGGGGGGUCGGGAAUUUUUUGUUCAGGGUGGUGGGUAUUACAUGUCGUUGUCACUAUUGGUGAAGCCAUUUAAUCUCUUUGUUUUGUCCUUAAUAACUGUACAUGCAACUUGAGAUCCCGAAAGGUUCAUGCUUUUUAGUGGAUCUUCCAACCUACAGAUGCAGGCCUACAAAUUAAAAAAAGGAAAAAGAAUGGCAAUGAAGGGGGUCCCCCAUCUGUGCCUGUAUCACAGAGUAGUUAUUAAUGACUCAAGUUAAAUGCAAAAUGGUUGAAGGAUUUACACAUUUAAUAGCUGGCAUAGGGAUAUUACAAGUUUUUCAUGAACUUGUCAUGACAGAUUCACAAUACCUUAGACAUUGUGUAAAUGGUCUAUGGUUUGAUUGCAGUUCAACUACCUAAGUGAGUUGAGUCAUUAGUGUUCCAUGUGACAUUUGGAUACCUACCAUAGUUCAUUUGAACCUUUGAGACAGAUGAAGAAAAAGUAACAUUAAACUAUGCAUAGCCUAAAUUGCAAGGAAAAAUUGACUACCAGGAGGCUGUAAAAUGCACCACAGAGCAUCUACAUUUCAAAAUUUUCCCAGGGCCCUUAAGUGGGCUCUGGACCCCACGCCUUAUAUGCUCCAGCUGUUUUGACGGCUGUUUUCGGAAGAUAUCCCUAUCUUAUGAUCCGUUGAUAUUAUGGAAGGAAACAGUUUUGACUGUUGAUUUGUGUUUGUUUCUUGUUUUGUUUGUUUACUUCUAUAUCACAGGAGUAAACAGGUGUUAUUUUGCAAUUUAACUUCUGCAGUUUUACUUGUUUGUCAUUGUUUUUUGUAUUGUGUCUUUUUUCAUUUUCACUGUUUCUUCAUCAGCUUAUAUUAUGAGGAAUGACUAAAUUUUCAUGAAUUUCAAGACAUUUGGUACUUGGUACUUUUUUUUAUUAAUGACCAUAAUAGAGAUUAUUACCCACUCUGGUAUAUGUAUCCAUGUGUAUCAGUUUUGUUCAGAAUUUUGUCUUCCUUGUGUAUCAAUUGAAAUAAUGCUAAUUUUGACAUGCCAAUGAAGUGCAAUUUUAUAUUUAGUGUGGGAUUGGAUAUAGUAUUGCAUUGGAGUACAUGUAUGUUAUUUUGCAGUGGCUUUGAAUGUAAUCACAUUAGAAGCUGUAAACUACAAACUAAUUCUUGCAUUGCAACCUCAAAGUUCAAACUUGCACAGGGUUUGUAUAAUCAUUCCAGUUGUAGUUUUUCUACAAGUAACAUGUUGGAACAUGUAAGCAGUCUGCCACCUUUAUUACGUAGUACAGUUUACUGAAUGCACUUUAGCACUGUUGCACACAAUGUAAUAGAAUAUGCCAUCCAGGACAAUGUGUGUCAUUGUGAUAUGCAGAACUCAGUGAUUGUUAUAUCGUACAUCUUUAGGUAUCAGGCCAGUUGAAAUCAACUUUUAGAUUUUCAUGACACAAAUUGAAAAAGAAUCAGAAGGUGAAUUUAUUUGUGAUAAUAUGAAUUCAACUUGUUCACUUUCAAAGGGAAUUGAGGAGCCAAAGUCUAAUAUAUGGUACUAAACUUAGAACAGGAAACAAACAAAUGAAUACUACAAAAUACCCAACUCCUGCUGACAGUUUUGCAGCCAGUAUAGUUUGUCUCCAAAGAGUACUGUGAGCUUCACCAUCAGCAGAAAAGGUUGACAUUUGUAUUCAGACGAGAAACAUUUACACAUCUGGAGGCUGUGUAUGUUGAUAAAGUAGAAUGAAGUAUGUUGUGCACCAGAUCAAAAUCAUUGCUGUGGGACCUUGCCUAUGAAUUGUGACAAAAAUUACAGAAAGAAAUACACUCUAUUCGGAAAAAAUGCGUUCGAUACCCCAUUCAUUUGGCACUAUAUAAAUACAGUUAUUAUUAUUAGAAAAAAAGGAAUAAAAUAGUUGUAUACACAUAUGGACUACGAGUGUUCAACUUCUCGUGUGUACACUCUAAAUGUGUUGUAUAACACACAUCUGUCAAAAAUACAAAUAGAAGAAAUUUUUAACGGUUUCAUAACUGAACUGUUUGAAUUAAACAAUUUACCCAUGAGCAAAUGUUACAAUUAGCAUCCUUACUGCGUACCGGUGGCUUAAGAUUUUGAGUUGCUGGUCACUGUCAAGUCAUGGGAGGGCGCUGUGACCAGUCAUUGGUUUGUGUCGGGCAUUACUCCAGAAAUUAUUGGUAUCAAUGUCUAGACACGUGUCUAAUUCAUACUGAUGCAAAUUUUAUGCACUAGCCAAUGUAGCCAAGUGAAUCCCAUCUGACUUUCAGUCAACCUGGAUGAAGAACUAGCAAGAAGUGUGUUAUAACAGAAAAUGUAUUGAUGGGUGCGAAAACCAAAACUCAAAAGAAGAUUUUUAACUGGCUUCAUACUGUGGAAAAUGGAGCCGCUGGACAUUUCUGUCCUUUCCGUACUCAAUGUAAAUUUUAUGCCUUUUCUGUUACUGAAGCAACGAUCAGCAUGUGGUGUAUUAAACCUGCAUUUGAUGGCA